CAGAGGUUGCUCUUCGAGUCAAUACAUCGCCUUCUCGGGGACUUGGUCUUGUGGUUCCUGUUCUGGUAGCGCGUCUGUGACCUCCAGAAUGAACUCUCAGUGUGGGUACGGCUCCUCCUGUACGAUACAAGCCAACAACGCCUGGCUUGGUGGAGACCCGUGUAAAGGGUGUGAUAAAACACUGAUAUAUUCCUACAGCUGCUCAUCUAUCUGGGGAAAUUGGCAGUCAUGGUCAUCAUGUCCAUCUGAUUGCAUUUCACAAACCUUACAGAGGACCAGGCAGUGUGUACGGCCUGCAGGGAGCUGCUGGGGGACUACUCCUUCACAAACCAUACCUUGCCUCCUGGACGGCUGCACAUCCUCUACAGAAAUCAGUAAAACUACACUGGACGACAAAACUUACAUUAGUCUGACGUCCAACUGUUUGGUAGCCUUGGGGAGGACAUAUCUGAAAUUCAGAGCAAGAGCAAACAAUGACAUACACAUUGCUAUCGGUACCGACGAUUGUGACAACUGUGGUACACACUAUGAAAUCCUCUAUGGGGGAUGGGAUAAUACCAUAUCUGUCAUCAGGUAUGGUAUAGGUGGUACAGAAUGUGACUCACACACCCAGAAUAUUCUGGACCAAACCUUCUUCGAUGAGUUUUGGAUUUCAUGGUCCUUAGAUAUCCGUGCGGGCACCGGAAGUACGGUCGGCAGUAAUGUCGUCAUGAGUUGUACUCGUUCCACUCCUUUCGGUGCCAAAUAUAUUUUGAUCAAGACCGGAUGGGGCUCAGGUGGCGAAUGGAGAUUCCCAAACGAUGUUUCUUGUAUACAGGGGAAAAACAGCAAUGUUGACAUCACUGCUGACAAGACUGGCUGCUAUGAAGUCAGCACAUACGCAUGUGCGUCCGGGUACAAACAAACUGCAGGAAGCACGCAACGUACCUGUGGAUUUGGGCAGAUAUGGUCAGGAUACCCCUUGGUCUGUUCAGUUUCAACUUGCACAAUCGACAUUUUAUUCAUCAUAGAGGCUUCCUCACACACCUCCUCCAUUUACUCAGCAUUAGUAUCGGCUAUUGGUGAUUUGGCGGGAGCGCUGAAAAUUUCAACGAGUGAUAUACAAGUUGGGGUUAUAACCUAUGACGACACAGUGGACCAGAAUAUCAAGUUUAACGCCCAUUCUUCCGCAUCAUCGCUGGACAGUGCUAUUAAGUCAUUAACAAUAACAAGUGCUUCUUCCUCUGUGGACCUGGCCGAAGCUUUACGUGUCGGAUUUUACGAGUUCUUUACAUUGUCAAAUGGAAACAGAUUUGAUGCUUACAGACAUUGUGUUCUUGUUGCUAAAACACAUUCUCAGAACGGUUCAGUUGUGGCAAAUGCUAUUCGACAAAACCCCAGGAAUCAGGUUUUUACAAUCGGCAUUGACCCUUCCUCAUCUUUGAUCACCGACCUUAAGGCGAUUGCUGGAGAUGACAGUAGGUACUGGCAAGUGAGCUCCCCGGCAGAUCUAUAUCCUAAAUUCAAUGAUAUUCUACAGAAAAUCGCUGUUUGUCCAACAACACCUCUCCCUGAUCCCGUGACAGUAGACUGCAAACUGGACAUUGCGUUUAUAAUUGAACGCUAUAACAUGCGUUUUUCAAAAACAUUUUUGGCUGGAUUAAUGGAGGAUAUUCCAAUAUCUUCUGAUGGGGUAAGAGUUGGCUUUGUCACAUAUGAUUCCGUGGCAUCAAAAGAGUUUGGGCUUACGACUUACACAACCUCAGAAUCUGCAAGGGGAGCAAUCGAAAAUGUGCCUGACAGAACUGGCUCUGAUCACUUUGUAUACCAAGGAUUAAUUACAGCUCGGGACAACGUGUUUACGGCCCUUGAUGAUCGAGAGGAUGCCAAUAACCAUUACGUAUUUGUUGUGGGACCAUUUUACAGUGAAACAGCUGCUGUUUCGCGCGAAAUCAGGGGCAGUGGAAACAAUUUUGUCUUUGCAGCUCAUGUUGGUUCUUCUUUUCAAUCUGAAUACCAGGAAUCUGUUGACUCUUGUGGUGACUACACAAGAUACACCAAUACCGAUUCAUAUGAUAACAUGAUGAACAUCAGGCAACAGUUUAUAGACAAGAUAACUUCAUGUGAAGCAAUAGUUGAAAUUACUCAAGACUGUAAAAUUGAUUUAGCUUUCAUAAUUGAUGACACGGACACAAUCAGCGCAUCAAAAUUCCAAGAAAUGAAAACUUUCCUCAUAAGUCUUGUCACCAAAAUAGUUGUCGGUGACGAUGCAGUAAAAAUAGGGGUUAUAACUUACGGUGAUGACGCGAUCACCGUUUUCCCCCUAAAGCAGUACUCAACCGCCUCUGCAGUGAAAACUGCUAUUAAUGACAUAACUCAGGGAAAUGCAGCGUAUGGCAGGGAUCGCCGCUUGGUGGAUAAAGCCCUUUUGUAUACACUCUGGAACUUCUUUACCAAGGAGAACGGAGAGCGCGAGGACGCCAAGAAUUUUUACGUUGUUUUAACAUAUGGCGGCUCCGACGGCAUGCAGGUGGCAGAUUAUGGGGCAGCAAUCCAGUAUAAUUCAAUGGUCGAACUUUUCAUCCUUGGUGCUAAUGUUACGUCUAGUUAUGACUCCGAUUUUGAGGGUGCAGUGACUGAAGGAAGGUACAUGUCAGCCAGCAAUUUCAUAGAACUCCAGUGUAACAGCAAAGGUCUGGUCUCCAACAUUACUGAGUGUCCAACAGAGGACCCUGUACCCCCCGCUACUCCUAAUUGCAAGCUAGAUAUAUUGUUUUUGCUCGAAGCAUCUAGUUCUUCUGCUGGUGCAAAGUUCAUAUACCUGAAAAGCUUCUUUGCUAACUUAGCGCGGCAAAUCAGUGUCUCAUCGGACACAGUCAGAAUUGGUGUUGUCACAUACGACUAUAAAGGAUACAGACAAUUUGAUCUUCAAACACAUACGACCAGUGACGACGUUAGUAAUGCCAUAAUGAAGAUACCAGAAGGUUCGAUAUCCAAGAACCUACUAGAUAAAGCUUUACUGUAUGCAAGGACAACCUACUUCACAGAGGCCAACGGAGAUCGCGCAGACGCGGCUAAUUACUACGUCUUUUCGGUGGACGGAAUAAGAGCUGGCUCUGCUAUUCAAGGGGCUGUUAUAAAUGCUAACUGGCCUGAUCAGGUCUUUGCUGUCGAUAUAAACAGUACCUAUGAGGCGGAAUACAGACAAGCCGCUGGGGACAACAGCCGUUAUUUCUUUGCCCCCUCCUACCAGAACCUGUCCUCUAUAGAAGCUGCCGUUUUAGAAGCUAUUAGCAAGUGUCCUUCUCCACAAAUCACGACCACUACUGGUGUCUCCCUUAGAAACCUAGACGUCGCUGCCCCAUGCCUGAACAGUUUGAUUUAUAUGUACCCAAAGGAUUUGACAGCACAUACAGGGGGAUCAAGAGGAAUGAUGUACCUGAUGACAGAUUAUGUAUUUAUAAUAACCACCUGCUCACGCAUUACUUCGUGGGAGUUUUCGUAUUCGAGGUCUGGAUGGAUAGAUUUUAUGGUGUGGAGACCUUCUGGAAAUAACUAUAAGCUUGUUGCUUACAACACAAUUUACGUUGAAGGUGUUAAUUCAACGGUGUACACCGUUGUGGAAUACGAAAGGAUAGCUGUUCUUGAAAAUGACGUCAUCGGAUGGUAA